AUGUUGGCCACCCUGUGUCUGGUUAGUUUUUCUUUCCCCAUUCUGUGGGCCCAGACGUUAAUCAGCUGUUCCUACAAGAGUCUGUGCCAGAAGGCACUGCUCUCGGGCAAUGAUAUCGUCCUGCAUUGUGACCAUAAGGCGGCACUCUGGUAUUUUUCUUCCAUUCUUGGGGAGAAUAUCUUCUUGCUUAACUCAUGGCCUAAUAUAAAGAAACUUCCUGGGGGCAGCCUGCAAUUGACCAAGCCUCAGCCCUCGCAGGCAGGCCUCUUUCGCUGUGAGGACAGUGCCAACGCCCUCAUAGUAGAAUAUGAGAUUGAUUUCCAGGAUGCCACCACCCUGCAUAUCACACACAAAGACCUGGGCCAAAAGCCCCUGCAGAAUGAAACUCUGAACCUAGGUGGCGAGGUAUUUAUUUUUACCCACUGGGAGCCCUGGCAGGACUGUAACCGCUGUGAGGAGCCAGGCGAACGCAAGCGCCUGGGGUACUGCUAUGUUGAGGAGCCCCCGGAAAAACCCAUGCCCUGCUGGCUCUACCUGAGGGAUGAGAAGGUGCAAUACAGCCGCUUGCGGCCCGAGAUGCAGGUGGAAAGAUGCCUUGUUCCCUGUGACCCCGGCAAGGAAAUCAAACAGCCAUUCUUCAUCUAUGACAUUUACCAGCUGGGCAAGUUGACCAACCACAUGUGGCUCACCUGCCCCUUGGCUUCCAUCUGCAGGUGA